AUGAUUGCGGCCACCAAUCGGGUGGACAUUCUGGACCCGGCGCUCCUCCGGUCCGGUCGUUUGGACCGUAAGAUCGAGUUCCCGCACCCGAACGAAGAGGCCAGGGCUCGCAUUAUGCAAAUACACUCCCGCCGUAUGAAUGUGGACAAAGAGGUGAACUAUGACGAGCUCUCCAGAUGUACCGACGACUUCAACGGCGCUCAGUGUAAGGCGGUGUGCGUCGAGGCCGGUAUGAUUGCACUCAGACGUAACGCUUCUCAAGUGAUCCACGAGGACUUCAUGGACGCCAUACUCGAAGUUCAGGCCAAGAAAAAAGCAAACCUUAAUUAUUACGCCUAA